AUGGGGAAACCUCAAAAUAGCAGCAACGAAACCAGGAAGAAGAGGAAGAGGGCUGCAUCUUCAGCAGUAGAAGCCAAAUCCAAAAUCUCCAAGAAAUUCCAAAAGUCGAAUAACUCCAGUGAAGUUUCCCAAAAGGGUUCAAAACAACCAAUUAAAUUAUCCAAGCCGCCUCAUGUUGAAGCUAACCCUCACUUCAAUGAAGAUGAUAAAGAAAAAAGAAAAAAGCUUCGGAAAGAAUCAAAGGAAUUGGCCGAGUCAAGGAAGAAGUUGAGGAAGAAGCAUUAUACCUUGGAGCAAGAGCUUGCGUUGUUAUGGGAAAAGAUGCGACGUCGAGAUAUUACGAAAGAAGAUAAAUCCCAUGAAGCACUAAGUAAGAUGAAAGGGAAGAUUCCUGAGAUUGCCAUUUCUCAUGUUUCAUCUCGCGUUCUUCAGACUUGUGUCAAGUACUGUUCAUUAGAUGAAAGGAACGCCAUCUUUGAAGAACUAAAGUCACAAGUGAUUAGCCUUGCAACGAAUAAAUAUGCUGUCUAUUUGUUGAACAAGAUGUUAGAUAGCGCAUCCAAAGAACAGCUGGCAGCCUUUAUUUCCUCUCUUCAUGGGCAUGUUGCUACUCUGCUUCGACACACAGUUGGUUCACUUGUCGUCGAACAUGCAUAUUGUGUGGGAAACGCAAGACAGAAACAGUCCCUGUUGAUGGAGUUGUACUCACCUGAGCUGCGAUUAUUUAAAGAUCUGGCCUCAAUUAAUGAAACCAGGUUACUUGAUGUAAUAUCCAAGUUACAGUUGCAAAAAUCAUCAGUAUCGCGUCACCUGUCUGCAGUUCUUCAACCAAUUUUGGAGAAGGGAAUUUUGGACCAUUCGAUUAUACAUAAAGCACUAAUGGAAUAUCUGACUAUCGCAGAUAAGAAUGUAAUGGUUUAUAUAAUUCAGCAGUUGUCAGGCCCGCUUCUGGUUCGAAUGAUUCACACGAAGGAGGGAUCCCACAUUGCUAUCCUCUGCAUCAAGCAUGGUGAUGCAAAGGAUAGGAAGAAAAUCAUUAAAGGGAUGAAAGGCCUGGUUCAAAAGAUUGCUCUUGAUAAAUAUGGGAGCAUGGUACUUGUUUCCCUUCUUUCUACUGUGGAUGACACCAAGCUCUUGUCUAAGAUCAUCGUCCGUGAAUAUGAGGGGAUUUUGAAGGAAGUUGUUUUUUCCAAGUCUGCAAGGCGUCCAGUUCUGCAAUUACUUCAUCCUAACUGUUCUCGAUAUUUCAACCCAGACGAUUUAAGUUCCUUUGUACCCUCCUUGAGUAGUAAGGGUGACUCUGAACCAAUUCCCGAUGUAAAUGAAGAAGGCAGUACAGAUGUGGCAGGAACUACUGCUGAGGCAAAUAAUAGUGACAGUGCUGGAAUGAGCUUGGAUGUAGAUAAGGUUGCGAAGAAAGAUCCUUUAACUAGGAGGAAAGAAUUGCUGAUCCAAACAGGACUUGCAGAGAAAACCAUUGAGGUUUGUUGUGAGAUGGCAGGAGAUUUAUUAAGGUCACAAUUUGGCAAGGAAGUAAUCUAUGAGGUGGCGACUGGUGGUGCUGAUGGCAUACUUCAUCCCUUUAUGGAUGAAAAGUUAGGAGAAUUACAUGAAAAGAUAGCAUCUCUGGUGGGAGAGCCUAAAUCGGAAGAAAAGGGAGAAACCGACCAUCUUCUCGAAGACUUCCAUUCCAGCAGGACCAUCAGGAAACUGAUUCUGGAUUGCCCUGCCUUUGCAUCCAAGUUGUGGGAGAAAGCCCUCCAAGGAAAAUGCAUAUUAUGGGCGCAGGGUCACAGUUCCAAGGUGAUUUGUGCCUAUCUCAAAACCUCAGACCUUAACUUGCGGGAAGCAGCAAAGAAAGAGCUGCAGCCCUUGAUCGACAGUGGUGUUCUGAAAAUUCCUGCAGAUAAUAAUGAUGCAGCAAAAGCCGAGUAA